AUGUCCGCAGUCGACUACGACUCACUAAAGUUAUCACACAUCCGGGUCACAUUAGACGACGGGGUGUUGGUCAUUGUGAUCGACCGCCCAGCCGCGAGGAAUACUUUCGUUGAGGCUUUUGCCCACGAACUCAUCCAAGCGCUCGACUACGCAGACAAGGAUGACAGAGUCCGUGCUGUAGUCUUCACGGCAGACACUAGCGCCCCAGCCUACUGUUCUGGUGCAGAUUUAUCUUCUGGCUGGAAAUGGAGCAAUGCCAACCCAGAUGCUAGCACUGACCACGGUUUCCGCGACCCCGGAGGUCUAGUUACUUUGGCCGUCCUUCGAUGCCGGAAGGUCACCAUCGCAGCGGUCAACGGGCAUGCAGUUGGAGUCGGCGUGACUGGAUUACAGCUCCCGUUUGACUUCCGGUUCGCAUGGGCGGAUGCAAAAAUUGCCCUACCGUUCGUCCGCCGUGCCAUUACGCCCGAAGCUUCUUCCGUCUUCAUGUUACCACACCUCCUCGGUUAUUCGGCGGCAAAAGCUAUAUUUUUGUCGGGCGAAACGUUCACACCCACCCAUCCUCUUCUUACCCGAUUGUAUUACGCUGUUCUCCCCAAUCGCGAGGAAGUGUUCCCCGCAGCCUUGAAAUUUGCAAAGGAGCUUGCGUCGAACGCAUCGGCACCUUCUAUCGCGGCUACAAAGGCCAUGCUUAACCACCCACCGGCAAAUGCUGAGGAGGCCCAUCUCAUCGACUCCUACAUGUUGAAGAAGAUAACAGCCGGUGAAGGGAACGAUCUCGUCGAAGGGGCGAAAGCAUUCAAAGAAAGAAGGCUCCCAAAGUUCACUGACUCUGUGAAUAUCAUGAAAAACUGGGCCCCUUGGUGGAAGACAUUAAAUUUAGCACCCGGUUCAGCAAAGCUGUAG